UCGCAUUAAAUUAGCAUUAGAGACAUCAUAUCAUGGUGGUUCCGGAAAUAGUACAGUAAACUCACCUGAUCCCAAUUUGUAUGUACGUGUAUGUAGUGAUACAAACAAUGAAGAUAACAUAAAUUCAUCCGCUACUCCAUUGCAAAUUUCACAGCAACAACAUGUCACUGUUGAUAGUGAUGUAGAUACUGAUAAUGCUCUUGGUGAAGAAGCUAAAUUAUUUAUUGCAAAUAAUAAUACAAUCAAGCAUAAGUAUAUAUGCAAG